UCAUUAAAUUCUCUGGCAUAGCCUAUUAAACAAGUAAAUGACACGGAAAUAACGUUUCAUGUUAAUUUUCUGUUUCUCCAAAACACACAAGCAUUAAAAAUCAUUCCAUAACAACAUGUAGCAUAGCCCAACAAAAAGGGAAAAAAAAAAAAGGGAGAAGAGAGCUUGCAUUAUUGAGAACAUGCAUACACCUCCCACAUGUACAUCAACAAUGGAAAACAACGAAACACAGAUAAAGAAAAUGAGCAAAGCUGGCUGCAAGACAACAAAGGCAUCGUGAAAGAUGUGAUUCAAUCCAUUCAAGCGACCAAGCUUAGCUUGUAUGUUAGCUUUAAUUAUCAUCACCGAUCAAGAGCUUUGAUGGAGUGGAAUGGAAUUAUAUAUAGUCCUUCUUUGCCCAGAAAUGUUGCUUCUCUCACACAGAACAUAUGGGAGAGAAAACACAUGAUCAUGUACUUGGUACCGACUGGACUAUUCCCACUUUCCCAAUUGGCAAUGAAAAUAGCAUUUGGGCCAAUUCAGAGAGCCACUUGUGAGAAACGGCGACAUGGACCAGUAGUAUAGUGCCACGUAUGCUAAAGUCAUUGAAAUGUGUGCUUUUCAUCACAAUCUUGAAUCUUGGCCAUAGAGAUAAGCAAGGAGCCACUUUUAAUUUGGAAGGUCUGACAAUUAGAGAUGCUCUCAUCUUCGAAUGUUCACACUUGAUCACUUCUAAGUUCUAACAUCACAAAAUGCUAAACAUGCCACGCCCUCAUGCAAUCUUCAGCAUUCUUGUGCACGUAUAAUUGCUUGGUUACUGUUUUACACUUUUACUAGAAUAGAACAAGCUGAGAUUUGUUGAAUAGGAUAAUUUUUUUUAAUCUUUUAUUUACUUUUAAUUAAAUUUAGAAAAAAUUCUACUCUCCUUUCUUAGAUACUAAAAUGACACUCUUAUUCUCUUAUUUAUAAAAUAUAUAUCCUUUAUGCCAAUGAGUUAUAGCUCAAAUGACAUAAUCUUCACAUAUUUAAUUAAGAGGUUACGGGUUCGAGUCUCCUAUCUUUGGUA